CAGAGGAAUUAAACGCUCACGCCGGUCGUGAUCAAACGCAAAAGAAAGUAACGAGAGACUUUAUGUAUAAAUAUUAGUAUUUAAAUAUUACUUUUAUUAUUAAAAUGGAUAUCGACAAAGAAAAUAUUAGAAUGAAGGUAAAAUCAAAGAUACCUCUACCUACAGAACCGUUACCUCCAAUACCACAAAACGUGUUAAAGAGACAACAGGAGACAGAAAAUGAGAGACAUCCAUUGAAGACUAUUAAUCAACAAUCAAACAAUAUAGUUAAUAAUGCAGGGCCUAGUCACAAAAAUGAAAAAGUUGAAAAAAUAAAAACAAAAAUUAAAUGUCCUGUUAAGAUAAAUGCUCGGCAUGUUACUGUUCGACAAAAUACUGAAGACUUAGACUGGGACUAUAAAGUAUUUAAGGACGAAAGCAUUCAAGAUUGUAGUGUUAUAGUUAUUAGUGAUGAUGAGUGUGCACUCGAUGAAAGUAAACAUAAAGAAUUGCGAUAUUUCAAUGAUAAUCGUCAAAAGAAUUGUCUCGGAGAAACAAAAAAGGCAGCUACGCCAGCUCUAAAAUCACCAACAUUAGAACCAAACAAAGUAAGAAAUAUAAAAAGAAGUCUUAAGAGACCGCAUAGUCGAGAAUUGCAAGGUCUUUCGCCCAAGGUGAAAUAUGAGAAAGGAGAUGAGAGACAUAGACGACGCUUGUUUCAUGAACGCCUGCAAGACAAUUUACAGUCGCCAGAUUCACUUAAAAAGUCAUACAUGAAGUGCUUAAACCGGGACUAUACGGCAGACUUAUUUACGUAUCUUUUGAAUGUGGAGAAUAGAACAGUGCUGCCAAGAAUACCGAACAUAACACGCGCAUGUGUAAUCAACUGGCUGAUAAAAGUUAACGGUUCAGAUGGAAAUCCAGCAGUAAUUCAAUCUGCGAUUUGGUAUCUGGAUUCAAUAUUAGCCGUUGGUCACGUCCAGUUAGAGAAGUUGCAACUUGUCGCAGCAGCUUGCUAUUGGAUUGCGCAGAAAAUCCACGGCCAAGCUGUUACCGCAAAGCGGUUAGUUAGGUUCGCGAGCCACGCUUUUACGACUGGAAAUCUUUUAGCAGCUGAAAAAGCUGUACUAUAUAAAUUGAAAUUCCCGUCUCAACCUGUAGUACCACAAGAGUUUAUAACAUACCUGUCAUGGUGGUGCGAUAACUUGCAUCCCGGUGAGAUUGAAGUAGCUGCAACAUUUGUUUGUAUAUCUGGUUUAAUGAUAGAUAAAGUCCUCUGCAAUGAAUGUCCAUCAGUGAUCGGUGCAGCAGCUGUAAGAAACGCCGUUUUGCUCUUGAGAAAGAAGGAGGCUAUGGUAAAGCUUCAAACGAAUCCAGUAUUUAAAGCAGCUGUGAAGAAGACGUCGAAUAUUUCCUACGUCUGCUCCGUUCAAAGAAGGGGAGUUCGUUUGAUUUCGACACCGUUAUACGAAUAUAAGGCACCACUCGAGUAUUACGGCACACCACCCCAUUAUGUAGCUCAGAAAAUUAUUAGUUCAGCAAAUGAACUUGCAAUUAUAGAUACAAGAGUCGUCCCCGCCUGAUGGCCUGGAAUUAAAUUAGCAAAGCAUAAUUAGCGUUUAAACUUCGUCAGUUUUUUUCUAUAAUAUAUUGUACUACUAUUAAUUUUUAUUUUCGAUUUCCUCUUAUUUUUUAAUCGUCUAUGUAAAUGAGACUUGACAAAACUUGACCAAUACUUAUUAUUUUAUUGAAAUGAUUGUAAUGAGAAGACGAACUCAAAAUAAGACAAAUGUAAAAUAAAUUAUUUAAUUCUA